AUGGGUUUUGAAGCAGGAAUGAAUGUUGAACAACUUCAAGUGUGUGUCAGAGGUAAGCCCUUUGAUAUCAUUUUUAAACCCUUCUUCGCUGUUCUGCAAUCAUCAUCGCACUUUAGGCUUUUCUCUUCUCAAAAAUCAACAGAAUCAACAAAAACUAAAGGUUUGGUUAAAGGACUGAGAGUCUUAGAUGUCAUAGCUUCAAAGCCAAGUGUUAUUGACAAUCGCCAAAGCCAUCUUCGCCUCAUUCAGGACUUUCUUCAGACAAGUUCAUACCAGUUUUCAGAGCAGCGUGUUAGUGAUUAUUACCCUUAUUCAAAUUCAAAGGAAGAUUCAAUCUUGAUGCUUUUUAGGCUACACAGAGAAGGGUUGAAAACUGACGCAAGUGUUUUAUCACAUGCUUUGAGUUCAUGUGGGUCUUCAAGAACUCUCAGUGUAGGAAUUCAAAUACACUGCAUGUCAAUCGUAAAUGGGUUCAUGGGCAAUGUUUAUAUCGGAAGUUCUUUGAUCACUUUUUACAGCAAAUGUUGUGCAUUGGACAAUGCAUGCAGGGUGUUUGAUGAGAUGUCUAUGAGAAACAUAGUAUCCUGGACCGCAAUCAUGAAUGGGUUUGCGCAAGAAUGUCAAGUUGAUAUUUGCUUGGGUCUUUAUCAUAAAAUGAGAAUUUCAAGACUGUCACCAAAUGAUUUUACGUUCACAAGUUUCUUGAGUGCUUGUACGGGUAGCGGGUGUCUUGGUAAAGGAAAGAGCGUUCAUUGCCAAACAAUUCAAAUGGGUUUCGAUUCGUAUAUCCAUAUUGCUAAUGCUCUGAUGUCAAUGUAUUGCAAGUGCGGGACUGUUAAAGAUGCAUUGUUUGUACUUGAGAACAUGAAUUACAAAGAUUUGGUGUCGUGGAAUACAAUGAUUGCCGGCUAUGCUCAGCAUGGGCUUGCGUCUCAGGCCAUUGGUCUUUUUGAAGAGCUGAUGAUGCACAGGGUGAAACCUGAUGCCAUUACUUUCCUUGGCAUCCUUUCUUCAUGCCGCCAUGCUGGUUUUGUUGAACAAGGGUGGUUCUACUUCAAUUCAAUGGUUAAAUAUGGUAUAAACCCGGAAAUGGAUCAUUAUUCAUGCAUUGUGGAUCUUCUUGGUCGAGCUGGGUUGAUAGAAGAGGCUCGAGAUUUCAUCAAAAAGAUGCCUACUAAUCCCAAUGCUAUCAUAUGGGGGUCAUUGCUAUCUUCGUGUAGGCUUCAUGGCAAUGUUUUGAUAGGAAUUGAGGCUGCAGAGAAUAGGCUUGUAUUGGAACCAUGGUCUGCUGCUACCCACCUGCAACUGGCAAAUAUGUAUGCCAGUACCAGGUGCUGGGAUCAGGCGGCACGCAUUAGGAAACUUAUGAAAGAUAGAGGGAUGAAAACGGAACAUGGUUACAGUUGGAUCGAGAUAAAGAAUGUGGUUUCUAGAUUCAGAGUGGAGGACAAAUCGAAUAAUGAAGUAAGUGAAGUUCUUGCUGUGCUAGAUGUUUUGGUAGACCACAUGAGUGGUAUACACUGUGUUCCUGGAAUGCAUGAAGAGGAGGCUGACUAUUAUUUGUACACAGCAAUAUAA